AUGGAUCUGGAAGGCAUCACGGCCGACACAAUCACCAUCUCGGCCGCCCUCGAGGCAUGCACGAAUCAAAAGUCGCUGCGGGAGGGCCGCGCUCUCCACAGCGCCAUCGCCAGCCAUGAAUUCCUGGUCGAUUCCAUGGUGAAAAACAAUCUGGUAAACAUGUAUGGAAAGUGUGGAAGCAUCGAUGAUGCACAGUCUGUGUUUGAUUCCAUCUGGGAUAAGAACUUGAUCUCCUGGAAUGUGAUGAUCUCCGCGCUCGUCCACAACGAGCGUGGCGAGGCCAUCGUUGUCCUCUGGAAGACGAUGCUGCUCGAGGGAUUCAAACCGGACAAGGUAAGCUUCGUGACCUUCAUCGAUGCUUGUGCCAACUUAGCCGCUCUUGACGAAGGAAUUCUUGCUCACAGGCAAGUUUCCAGCCAGGGAUUGGAAUCCAAUCGAGUCGUCGGCAACACUCUUGUCAACAUGUAUGGAAAGUGUGGAAAAGUCGAGCUUGCGAGGGAUUUCUUCGAGGGAAUGCCGGACAGAGAUGCAGUGUCCUGGAACACCAUGAUCGCUGGUUACGUCCUCCACAACCACAACGUCGAGGCUCUGGAGCUCUUUAAGUUGAUGGAUCUAGAGGGCGUUGGAGCGACGAAGGUGACCUUUGUGACGACGCUAGAUGCUUGCUGGAAGCUGGAUCAGACGAGAGUGAUCCACGAAGCCGUGAGAGAUAGUGGCCUGGAGAUCGACGAGGUCUUGGGGAGAGCUCUCAUGAACGCUUACAGGGCCUGUGGAAGCCUGGACGAAGUGAGACAAGUUUUCGAUCAAGUCUCUUUCUCUUCCGGUGGCUACAGUGCGCUUCUCUGGAAUGGGCUGCUGUCUUCUUUCUCUUGCUGCGACGACGAUCGCUCGGCUGCCAGAGUAUUCAUUCAGAUGCAACUCGAGGGAGUGAAAUCGGACAAGCUGACACUCAUCUCGAUCUUGGAUUCUUGCGUAACUCUCUCGAAUCUCAAGCUCGGGGAGAUCGUCCACGCCUGCAUUGUGGAGCUCGGCCUCGAGCACGAGUUGUUCCUCAGGACAGCGCUGAUCAACAUGUACGGUAAGUGUGGCCAGCUCCAGCAAGCUCGGAACCUCUUUGAUUCGAUGAAAGCCAAAGACUCGGUGGCCUGGAACGCGAUGCUCUCGUCCUACGCUCACAAUGGACGGGCUCUGGACGCGAUCCAUCUCUUUCUUUGCAUGGACUUGGAAGGAGAGAAAGUCGACGGCCUCACCAUUGCUCGGGUUUUGGAUGCCUGUGGAGAAACCUCCCAAACUAUAGCUCUCGCAGAGGAGCUCGGCGAGGGAUUUCCCUACGGGGACUUUGAUAUCCAGAUUGGAAACUCUCUCCUCAACGUCUACGCAAAGUCACGCGACCUGGACGCCGCAAAGUGCCUGUUCGAGAGAAUGAAGAACAAAGACGUGGUUUCUUUCAACACCUUGAUGGGAAUCUACGCCCAGUUGGGUCUUGACAGUGAUUGCGUGAAAACAUUCCAUGGGAUGCAGCUCCAAGGCGUGAGGCCGAACAACAUCUCCUACGCAAAUGUUCUCGACGCUUGCUCGAACCUCUCAGCUCUCACUUCCGGCAAAGCAAUCCACGAGAGCAUGAAAGCGAGUGGAAUCACGCCCGAUCUCGUCACCGAGACGGCGCUCGUCAACAUGUAUGGCAAAUGCGGCGGCUUGGAGCUCGCCUGGAAGAUCUUCCAGUCGAUGAGAAACCGGCGAGACUUUGUCUCGUGGAACGCGGUGAUCGCCGCGUUUGCCCAGCACGGACAUGGAGAACAAACGCUCCAGCUUCUCCGGAGGAUGCAGCAAGAGGGUGUCAAGCCCGAUGGAAUCUCCUUUCUCGUCACCAUGGCGGCUUGCAGCCAUGCAGGGUUCCUGGACGAGGCGAUCGAGCUGUUCGUGUCCAUGGCCACGGAUCACUGUCUCCGGCGAGCAGCCACGCAUCUUGGGUGCAUGAUCGAUUUGCUGGGACGAUCGAGCAGGCUGAGUGAGGCCGAGGAGCUCAUCCGGAAGCUCCCACCGGACAUGGAAGUCCCGGCGUCGUGGAAGAUUUUCCUCAAUUCCUGCAAGGAGCAAGGUGAUGGCGAGCGAGGGGAGCGAGCAGCAGAGCUCGCGGUGAAUUCGCUGCCCGGAGACAAGAUGCCAUACUUGUUGCUGUCCAACUUGUACGUCCAAACGAACAAAAAGUGGUAG